CGAACACGGGGAAUGGAAAUAAUACAUUUGUAAUUUACCCCUUGAAAAUCCGCGACUUUCUGAGGUUACAAUGGAAGAAGACGACGACUGUCCAGAACUGGUUCCCAUUUUGGAUAAUAAAGGUCCUACAUCCAAGAUACCUGUCACAAUCAUUACGGGUUACUUAGGUGCAGGGAAGACAACCCUCCUGAAUUACAUUUUAACCGAGCAGCACAAUAAGAGAAUAGCAGUUAUACUGAAUGAAUUUGGCGAAGGCAGUGCUCUGGAGAAGUCUCUGGCUGUGAGCCAGGCAGGAGAGCUGUAUGAGGAGUGGCUGGAACUUAGGAACGGUUGCCUCUGCUGUUCAGUCAAGGACAAUGGCUUGAAAGCUAUUGAAAACCUAAUGGAAAAGAAAGGAAAGUUUGACUACAUUCUUUUAGAGACGACUGGAUUGGCAGACCCAGGGGCUGUUGCAUCCAUGUUCUGGGUUGAUGCUGAGCUAGGCAGUGAUGUUUAUCUGGAUGGAGUUGUAACUGUCAUUGAUGCUAAAUAUGGAAUGCAGCAUUUGACAGAGAAGAAACCAGAAGGUCUGAUGAAUGAAGCAGCCAGGCAGAUUGCUCUCGCUGAUCUGCUGAUGAUCAAUAAGGUUGACCUUGUGACUGUGGAGGAGCUAACCCAGCUCAGAGAAACAGUAAAGUCAAUAAAUGGACUUGUAAGAAUCCUCGAAACCCAGAGAUCAAAGGUUGACUUAUCACAAGUUUUAGAUCUACAUUCAUUUGACAUCACAGAUGGAGUGAGACUAGCAGAGAAGCUAAAACUUGUAAAAUCGACCCAACCACAUCUGGAUAAGAGCAUACUGACUGUAACAUUUGAAGUGCCUGGAAGUAUUUCAGAGGAUCGCUUAAAUGAUUUUAUUCAGAACCUUUUAUGGGAGAAGACCUUCAAGAACAAAGCAGGACUCGCAAUGCAUGUUAUACGUUUAAAGGGGAUAUUGUGCGUCCAGGGCAAACUGAGGAGGAUGAUUUUGCAGGGGGUUCAUGAACUCUAUGAGCUGGAUGAGACUCCAGAGACCUGGGUUGACGGAGAGCCCAGAGUCAACCGUCUGGUCUUCAUCGGAAGAAACUUGGAUGAGGACAUACUGAGAAAAGAAUUUAUCGCUACGGUCUCAAAUGGAGAAGGUGGAGAGAAGUAGAGGUGACCCGAUUAGUGUCUCAGGCUCAGGUCUGCAUAAUACAAUCUUUGGGGAUUUAUCCAUGACUAGGAGUCUUACUGUGAGUGACAAGUGUAUGUGACCAGUUGGUCCAGUUGAUGUUGUACGCUCCAGUCUUACGUUUACUGGCAGGCACUCCGAGCAGACGGUGAAGACGUUACAUAGCAGAUGAACAUGUGGCGUUGAGCUCCUGUUUUAAAACUGAAAAGUUGUCGUGUCAGAAUGAAUCUGGAGUUAGUAUUUUCCCACAUGAUUGUAUACAGAUACCUCAGCCCCACUCACUGGUUUAGACUUGUUUU